AUGUCUCACAGAAAGUACGAAGCCCCAAGACACGGGCAUUUAGGUUUCUUGCCAAAGAAGAGAGCUGCCAGACACCAAGGUAGAGUUAAGUCUUUCCCAAAGGAUGACAAGACCAAGCCAGUUGCUUUGACCGCCUUCUUGGGUUACAAGGCUGGUAUGACCACCACCGUUAGAGACUUGAACAGACCAGGUUCUAAGAUGCACAAGAGAGAAAUCGUCGAAGCCGCUACCGUUGUUGACACUCCACCAGUUGUUGUUGUCGGUGUUGUCGGUUACGUCGAAACUCCAAGAGGUUUGAGAUCUUUGACCACCGUCUGGGCUGAACACUUGUCUGACGAUGUUAAGAGAAGAUUCUACAAGAACUGGUACAAGUCUAAGAAGAAGGCUUUCACCAAGUACUCUGCUAACUUCUCCAAGAACUCCGAAAAGGAAUUUGCUAGAAUUGUCAAGUACUGUUCUGUCGUUAGAGUUUUGGUCCACACCCAAAUCAAGAAGACUCCAUUGACCCAAAAGAAGGCUCACUUGGCUGAAAUCCAAUUGAACGGUGGUUCCAUCGCUGAUAAGGUCAACUGGGUUAAGGAACACUUGGAAAAGACUGUUGCUGUUGACUCUGUUUUCGAACAAAACGAAAUGAUCGAUGUCAUUGCUGUCACCAAGGGUCACGGUUUCGAAGGUGUUACCCACAGAUACGGUACUAAGAAGUUGCCAAGAAAGACCCACAGAGGUUUGAGAAAGGUCGCUUGUAUUGGUGCUUGGCAUCCAGCCCACGUUAACUGGACUGUUGCCCGUGCUGGUCAAAACGGUUACCAUUCCAGAACUUCUAUCAACCACAAGGUUUACAGAGUUGGUAAGGGUGAAGAUGAAGCCAAUGGUGCUACUGAAUUCGACAGAACCAAGAAGACCAUUACCCCAAUGGGUGGUUUCGUCAGAUACGGUGAAAUCAAGAACGAUUUCGUCUUGGUUAAGGGUUCUAUUCCAGGUAUCAAGAAGAGAAUUGUGACCUUGAGAAAGUCCUUGUACGUUGACACUUCCAGAAGAGCCACUGAAGAAGUUACCUUGAAGUGGAUCGACACUGCCUCUAAAUUCGGUAAGGGUAGAUUCCAAACUCCAGAAGAAAAGCACUCUUUCUUGGGUACUCUUAAGAAGGACCUUACCAACUAA